CACCACAACAGCUAUGCCUUCCAUCCAUUCAGCACAAGACGGAAACGACGAGACCACGCAAAUACCAUCCAAUGAACCUCAAGGCAACCCAGAGUCACCGGAUGAUGCUGCUAGUGAAUCUCAGCCUCUGGCCUUGGACGAGAAUUCGCCGGCUUAUUCCUUGCCGCGAUGGCGCAAGUUACUUCGCACUGUAUUUGGCAUGCAGCAACGUAUAACCCAGGCUGGAGGGAAUGACACGUUCGACUAUGAGCAAAGAUUUCCCGAAGACAAGCAGUACGAGGAGCUGGGUCCACUUGCCCGGGUAUGGAGAACAUACCUCGAAGAAUGUGCAAAAUUUGACGCUGAGAUGGCGGAAGGAUGGAGGGAUGGAUUGGAUGUUUUGCUAGUUUUUGCUGGUCUUUUCUCUGCCGUGGUCACCACGUUUGUCGCACAGACAUCCCAGAACCUUCGAGUUGACUAUGGCCAAGUCACGGCAUCACUGCUAUUCGAGCUCAUUGAUGUCCAGCGUGCCGCAGCCAAUGGUUCCCUCGUCAACAACAUCCCUCGUUCAGGCCUUACUCCAUUCUCAGACUUUCGUCCUACGACUUCCGAUUCGUUGGUCAAUGGACUGUGGUUCACGAGUCUCUCAUUCAGUCUGGCUACUGCGCUCUUUGCUGUCCUGACCAAACAAUGGAUCCAUCAGUACAUGGCAGUCCCAUCGGGCACACCUCGAGAUAGAUGCCGUAUACGUCAAUUCCGAUACAUGGGACUAGAGCAGUGGGGCGUGGGCUUCAUUAUUGGACUACUACCUGUCCUGAUGAGCGCAUUGCUUUGCGUCUUUCUAGUGGGUCUAGUUAUUUUUCUAGUCCCGCUGCAAGUGUCAAUUGCAUCCGUCGUUGGAACUAUCACAUUCAUAUCCUUCACUGCAUACUUCAUCACCAACUUCCUGCCCAUCAUAUACCCCUCAUGCCCAUACAAGACACCAUUGUCACAGUACACUUUCCCUCUAUAUUCCUACAUUGCCUAUAACAGUAUUUUCGCU